AAGUCGACGAUAGUGGUAGAGCGUCAUCCUGUUGCAGUAAGCUUUCAACCUACUCCAUCUCCCCUCAAUUGAAUUGGACAGGGCGAAGAGACCAGUUCGCGCAACUCCGAAGUCAUCCACUCGGCUCAAGCGAUCGCAGGCCUGUACUAUCCACCCCACUCGCUCAAAACGCGUCUCUGCAUCCGGGGCCGCGAGCUGCUCUACGCAUACUGCGACGCACACAACGUCCCGCACCGGAAACUGGGCAAGCUGGUCGUUGCAACGAAAGCGCAGCAGCCUUACAUCGCCGCGCUGCACGAAAAGGCCCUGAGCCUCCGCCACUGGCCUUCCGACUCUCGCUCCGCGAAGCCGGACGCGCCGGCCGUUCCCACGGCACUCAUAUCUGGCGACCAGGCGCGUGAGAUGGAACCCAAUCUCUCAGAUUCGAUAUCCGGUGCGCUCUGGUCCCCGGAAACGGGGAUCAUUGAUUCGCACGCGUUCAUGGGCAGUCUCGAGAAAGACAUUACAGAGUCCGGCGGCGAUCUGGCGUACUCGUCCGACGUCGUUCGCGUGGACAGGGACGAAGACAGAUGCGGCUGGGUGGUACAGGUCAUCACCGGCGACUCGAGCGACUCGCUGUUCGUGAAGACGCUGGUGAACGCCGCAGGCCUCUCCGCUCCGCUGAUAACGAACACACUGCUUCCACCAUCGGAACGGUUGAAGAUGGUGACCGGAAUCUCACACUUGAUCUAUCCCUGCCCGGAGACGCAAGGCAGCUCUCAUGGCUUCCAAUCUCUGGGGACACAUCUCACACUCGACCUACAAGGAAACGUGAGAUUCGGGCCUGACCUGGAGUGGUUAUCGCCACAAGACGGCGAAGGUCCCGACUUCUGGUCACAACAUCUCACAGCAAACAACAUCCAGCUGCAAGAGAUGCAUCAAGCCGUGACGCGAUAUCUUCCGAAAGUCAUCCUCGAUGGUCUGCAGCCAGACUACGUCGGGUUUCGACCAAAGCUCGCAGGACCGACUGGCGGGUUUCAAGACUUCGUAAUCCGAACGGACUUUGCCAGAGGAGGCCCACUGGUUAGUUUGUUGGGCAUCGAGAGCCCAGGGCUGACCUCCUCGCUUGCCAUUGCCGAGCACGUCGUUGAGCACUCCCUCGGGCUCGACACAUCUAGUAUUCGGUGA